UGUUGUCAGAUUGCAUAAAACUGAAAAUAGUUCUUCGUUGGGACUUCAUGGGCUAAGAAUUCUAAUAUCCCUAUUGGAUAUUAGAAUUCUAAGGCCUAAUUUAGUUGGAAGAAAUGUCAUCCAAUUUUGAUAAUGAAGUUCUAAUCAACUCUCUUGAAUCAGGUUUUGAAACAAGACUUUUUGACAUUGUUGAUAGAGAUGGGGUAACCAAUAGUGGAAAUCGUGAUGCACCAGGUCAGAGUUGUGUGUACAUACUAUCUGGAAAUCACGAAAAUGAGGGAUACAGAAUUGCAACAUUUGCAAAAUAUCCAGAAAAUAUUCCAGUUUUACCAAUUCAUCUCGCUCGCGCAGGGUUCUAUUAUACAGGGUUUCGAGAUAGAGUGAAAUGUUUCAGUUGUGGCAUAACAGUUGAAAACUGGAUGAUUGGUGAUGACCCAUCUCUGGGAAGUUGGCAUAAGACAGAUUGCACCAUGGCACGAGGAAAUAACAUACGGAAUGUUGCGUCUGAUUCUGUUUAUCCUAGUUUAAUGAGGCAAAUUUUGGGUCCGAGCAGUAAUUCUCAAAGAAAUAAUAGACACCAGGAACCAUCUCAAUCUGCUCAACCCUGUAGCUUGCAGGGAGCCGAAUCGAACUACAAUGAUGUUACAGAAAGACUUAAUCAUGUUAGCAUCGGUAACCAAGUUGCUGAUGCAGUCAAUGUACAGUUUCAGUUUGCUGACAUCGUAGAUCAAGAACAUGGAAGAAUGUUAAGAACACUCAAUUUAUACAAGGAAGAAGAUAGAAGAAAAACUUAUCAAAAAUGGCCGACUUAUCCAGCGCCGUAUUUGUCAAGCACUCUGGCUAAAAAUGGUUUAUUUUAUCUCGGAAAUCUAGACAGAACGCAAUGUUAUUUUUGUGGUGGUGUGCUGAGGAAUUGGGCCGCUAAUGAUGACGUUCAACUUCAACACAGAUCACAUUUUGGCAAUUGCAAAAUGUUUACAAGCAACCAUACUGGAAACAUACCCUUGUCUGAACAAGAAAGACAAAAUGCUGAUGCCGCAGAUCGUGUAAGAUUGCAACAAGUUCUCUUGGGAGAUGAUGACCCAAUACAAGAACCACCAGAUCUUCCAGCAGAAGAUCAAAGAAGAAUGGCAGCUUUAUACCCUUUGAAUGCUCCCAUUAAUCCACACAUGCGAACAAUGCAAGCAAGACUUCAAAGCUUUGAUAAUUGGCCUGAACGAACAAGGGCCACAAAAGAUCAGAUUGCAAAGGCUGGAUUCUUUUACUUGGGUCAGUCUGACAAAACCAAGUGUUUCUAUUGCAACGGUGGAUUACAGAAUUGGGAUCCCAAUGAUGAGCCAUGGACCGAGCAUGCGAAGUGGUUUCCUGGUUGCGCUUUCGUGAUCAGAGAGAAAGGCCAAGAGUUUGUACGACGACAGUUUGAGCUUCAUCCUAAUUUGAAUCGGCCAACGAUUAGAAAUUCGGUUUCGUACGAUAUUCCCCCUGAUGUUCCACCAACCCAGACAAAUAUUAAUAUUGAAUCUUUACAAGAUAUGGGAUUCCCAACUGAAAGGAUUCAAAGACUAAUGAGAAGAAAAACUGAAAUAGACAGAAGGGGUUACACAGAUGUUCAAGAGCUGAUUGAAGAUCUGCUGGCAGCAGAUUUAUCAAGUCCUGUGGAACAAAAUACAUCAUCCAUGCAAGAAGCUGAAGAACAUCACAGCGCUGCCGUUCAAGGUGCACCAAUGAUUGCUGUUGCAGCAGGUGCAGUUGCAGGACACAAAAGGAACGGAGAUAAUUCGAGUAAUGAGGCAAAAAAGAUAAGAACUCAGUCACCUGUAUCUGCAUCAAGAGAAAUGGCUGAAAAUCUAAGAUUCAUGCAAGAAUCCGACAGAUGUCGAAAUUGUUUGAUGAAUCCAGCGGAUGUUGUAUCAAUACCAUGCGGACAUCUUGGAGCAUGCUCUGAUUGUGCAAGGAAUAUGAAGAGAUGUUUUAUUUGUAAAAUGAAAGUGCAAUCUCAGGUGAAAGUAUUCAGAGCCUGAAUAACUAUAUACUGGGUGGCCAAAAAAACAAAACAGAACACAUACAUUUAUUAAAAGCUUGUACAAAAAUGACAAAAAAAAUUAUUGAAUUUUUACUAUGCUCGAUCUUCUGUUUGAGCAUGAUUCUAAAGAUAACAUAACUUUUAUGCAGAAUGUCCUAGACUCCUGAAACUUGUGGGUACAAUUAUACAUUGACAGAGGUCCAAGAGUAUACAAAAAAAGAUAAUUUACUGUAAACUUCUGCAAUGACUUGCAGUUAUUCUUACUGAACAAUUUGGGUUUGAGCUUGUGUUCUAUGGUUUUUAUGAUGUAAAGUUUGUGGUCUGUGUACUGUAUAUUUCUUGUGGUAUGUACUUGAUUACUAAUCCAAAAAUUAUCUUGGAGUUUGAGUAAUUUAGUACCGACCAGGGCCGGGAGCCCGUGUGAUAACUAAAAUGGUUUGAAGUAUGUUUGACCGUCGGAUAUGGGAUUGCUAUUUUGAAUUGGUAAAGUUUGCUUAAAAGUUUUUCGUUUUCCUCACUGUGCACUUUCAUCUUGGUGACCUUGAUUUCUAUGUCUUUCAUUAAGUUCUGUCAAUCUUAUGUUAUCCUGACUCCAGCAAGUAUGUAUAAACUUCCAUUUCAUUAUCAGUGUUGUCUAUAAUAAAAAAAAAAUUAUAACG